AUGGCUGCCGCACAGGUUCAACUCCAGCCUGAUAUAGAAUAUCAUCCUGAUUUCAUUAAGUAUCUGGAUCGUUCUAAAAGACGCCUAGAAAGAGACACUUUGGCGAAAACUGUUCCGUUCGGGUUACCCCUGCGCUUGUCUUCAUCCUUUGUCUGGGACGGGAAUGAUAUCCAAAGUCGUGAUGACUGGGUCUUCGCGCUGACAGAUAACCAUCUGGAAGAGCUCGAUCGAGCAUUGAGUCAUUUCAAAGCAUCGAACAAACCCUUUGGGUACAUUAACCGAACGACAUUCCCAUUGCCCAGUCUUGGAAGCCUUCUUCGGGAAGGGUCACGAGAGCUUCAUUUUGGGCGAGGUUUCUUCAUUCUCCGGGGUAUUCCAGUUGAGAAAUACACUACCGAGGAGAAUAUCAUUAUCUACACUGGAGUUUCCUCAUACGUCGGUGAUCUGCGUGGCAGACAGGAAAAACGAAAUCCGAUAGACGGGAAGGCUGUAGUGUUGUCACAUAUCAAAGAUUUAACAGGAACGUACAGCAGAGAGAAUAUCGGAGGGCCAGCAAGUACGAACGACAAGCAGGUAUUCCAUACAGAUUCUGGGGAUAUUGUGUCCCUCUUCUGUCUGCAGAGGGCAGCCGAAGGCGGCGAGUCGCAACUAGCAAGCAUCUGGCAGGUCUAUAACAUUUUAGCAGAAAGCCGUCCAGAUCUCAUCCAUACUUUGACAAAUGACUGGCUGUUUGACGGUUUCAAUAAUGCGGCCCAACCAUAUACAGCAAGACCGUUGCUAUACUACCAACCCGCAUCGACUCUGGCCUCGGCCCGACUCAUAGUACAGUAUGCUAGAAGAUACUUUACAGGGUUUCUAGCUCAGCCACGUUCGUCAACUAUUCCUCCAAUUACUGAAGCACAGGCGGAAGCCUUGGAUGCCCUGCAUUUCCUCGGGGAGAAACAUAGUAUUCAACUGGACUUCCAGAAAGGGGAUAUUCAGUAUGUGAACAAUCUAGCAAUAUUUCACGCUCGUAAAGGGUUUUCAAACUCUCCUAGCAAAGAACGGCAUUUACUGCGGCUUUGGCUUCGAGAUUCUGAGUAUACAUGGGAAACUCCUAUUCAACUACAAGAUCGCUGGGAUGAAAUAUACAAUGGACUGUCAGAAGAGGAGCAAAUAUUUCCUCUGGAGCCCACCUUGAAGAAUGUGGUAUCUCUUCAGGCCCUCAAAGAUUAA